AGCGGGUACUACGAGCCUCCAUUCGCUUCCCAACCCCCAGGGGAGGAACACAUCAACACAUAAUUAUUACAUUCUACAUAUACUCGUACUUCUAACUUUAUACCAAAUUCUUUAAGACGUUUAGUUCCGCAACUUUGAGAGUAAAAAUACCGAUAAUGCUCUCGAAAUGGCUGAUAUUUUUUACAUGCACACACCACGUGCUAACCGCAGACCCGUAUUCCCUACCUGACUUACCACCAGGGGAGGCCCCUGAACCGAUCGUUACAUUCAUGGAGAGGACCUACCAGCCUGGGCGAAGUAGAGCUGGCUACGAUGGAGGAGACCCUCUACUGUUAACUCCUCUGAUAGAGGCCAACAAGCUGGAAGAGGCGCGACGUGCGGCGUACGUCGACCCUGAUUAUAUUCUGCCUGGUAUGGACAGCUAUGCGGGAUAUUUAACGGUAAAUAAAGAAUACAAUGCCAAUCUUUGGUUCUGGUAUUUCCCUGUGGCAGACAGGUCUGUGGAGGAGACACCAUGGAUCAUUUGGUUCCAAGGAGGUCCUGGCGCGUCAUCGCUGUUUGGACUCUUCACUGAAAUAGGGCCCUUCUCAGUUUCAGAUGAUUAUACAAUUGAAGAAAUAAAAUACUCGUGGGGCAAGAACCAUUCUCUUCUAUUUAUCGACAACCCCGUCGGCACGGGAUUCAGCUUCACCGACGAUGACCGAGGCUUUGCUACUAAUCAGACCACCAUUGGUGAAAACUUAUACACAGCACUGCAGCAAUUCCUGACCAUGUUCCCGGAACUACGCAAAGCGCCUUUGACUAUAGCAGGGGAGUCCUACGCGGGCAAACAUAUUCCUUCCCUAGGCGUUCAAAUUCUAUGGAACAGGGAUCAUGACGAACCGAUAAAUUUACAGGGCUUAGCGAUCGGCAAUGGAUUCAUCGACCCACUGUCGCUGCAGAGGUACAGUUUCUUCGUGCGCGAAGCUGGUCUGGUGGACGACAAAGUGGCCAACUUCAUGGUACAACUGGAAACUGCUGUCGUCCAGUUCAUCAACUCAGGGGAAAUGCUUAAAGCAUACGCUUAUUACAACUAUUUACUCCAGCUUUUCCUAUCGGAAUCUAAGCUGAACAACUUGUACAACUAUUUGCAAGAUGACAUAAGUUUGGAAGGUGCUUACCUCGACUACCUCCAGAGAGACGAAAUAAGACGAGCGUUGCAUAUCGGGAAUACUAACUUCACGUCUAUCGGGGUCGUGUACAGGAAACUUGUGCCUGACUUCAUGGCGAGCGCGAAGGCUUGGUUGGAGGAAUUGUUAGAAAACUAUAGGGUUUUGCUCUACAAUGGUCACCUGGACAUCAUUGUGGCGUACCAUCCAUCAGUAAACACCUACGAGUCGCUUUCUUUCUCCGGCACGUCAGAAUUCAGAACGGCAAAGCGCCGACCUUGGUACCACGACGAGAAGUUAGCUGGGUACUACAAGACAGCUGGAAACUUGACUGAGGUGAUGGUCCGGGGGGCUGGGCACAUGGUGCCAUCAGAUAAACCAGCGGCGGCUCUGGGACUGAUCUCCGCCUUCGCCCGCAGUAUCACCCUCGAGGCAGACACCGGAGUAUUGGUGGACGUAGAAAAAAACUUGCGAACACACAGGCCUCCAUUGUAGUAUUUCUUAUCUCGUUUGACAACCUCUGGCGUGCAAUUAUUGUCUUAGCCUUAAGAUACCUAAUAACUCACGAUUUUUUAUAGGUAGGUAGGUAAUUUUCUUUUUUGUAAAUAGUUUGAAUAAAUAAUAAUAAUACUGAGUGUA